AAAAGUUCCAUGGAGCUACUUCCACCAAAAAACAACAUUGUCUCGCCUAGAGGCUGCAACAGAAACCUUUAUGGGAUUAUUCUCCUCGUAAUGCUUGGCCUCAAUUGUUCCAUACUGGCAGCAAUUCCACCAGAUGAACAUCCGGUACAGCAGGAACCACUACAACAGCCACAGUCGCAAGCACAGGAUAUGAAAUCAUGCCCCCGCAUGAUGAGACAAAUUUUCGAAGGAUAUGCUCCGAUUGGCGGGCGUGAGGCCGGCAACUACACCGAGUACACGGAAGCCAGUACCCUAAAACCAUGCGUACAGCAUUGCUGUGCCAAAGGAGAUGGCUGCAAUACCGCAUUUAUGUUCAACAAAACAUGCUACCAUGUCAAAUGUCUCAACAACGACCUGUGUCUACCGGCGAAGAAGAAAAAUCUGUCGACAACUCUACAAAUGGUACUGGUAAAUCCAGUGGGGGAAGAAAGCGAAAGCUGGUGGGAAAUAUUAAAAAAUGCAAAUGCACAGGAAAGUCGUUUGAUGGAACCGAACGGUUUGGCAGCAGAGGGGAACAGUAUUUUGAAGAAACUUAAAAGUAUUUACAAUUUGGAACGGAACCGAGAAGAUCUGGUGGAUGGAGUAUACAACAUGCCAUUGAAACAGCUGGCAGACUACGAUUUUGGAAAAUAUCCGGGAAAUUAUCUCAAUGAGCAAUACGAUGAUAUGUUGAUGGAUGAUACGAAGUUGUAUCCUGAAGAAAAAGCGCUUUCUACGAUAACGUGUGAAGUUGGAAAUGAUGCCUCCUGUCCCAAGAAUGAGGUUUGUGUUAGGGUCACGAAUUCUGCAACCGGACUUUGUGUUUGUCCAGAGCACUUUGAAAGAAACAGCAAAAACGCUUGCGUUAGCGUUCAACAAGUGUACGUCCCGCAAACUUUAACAGCUCAGAAGCUAAUCAUGAAUAAUAUUCACAGCGAAGCUGGGGAGAUAGAUGAAGGUAAUCAAGAACCGGCCUCAAAAAAAAAGCUGACAGUUUCAGUCGUUUCCAAAGAUGUUCGUUUGCCGAAUAACGAAGCUGUUCUAUCGGCGUAUGUGAUUCCGGAUGAGGCUACUAGUGGAGACAAGUAUACCUACUCGUGGUCACUGGUUUCACAACCUUCGAAGGGAGACAGCAAUGCAACCAUUACAGAUCAAACAACUCCUCAAGCAAAACUAUCCAAACUCACUGCUGGUCUGUAUCGGUUUAAAGUGACCAUCACCGGUCAACAAGGUUGGUAUGGCGAAGCCUAUCCUAACAUUACUGUUCUACCAGAACAGAAGAUCAACAAGCCACCUGAGGUGAGCAUCACUCCAACGGAACAAACAGUUAAAUUACCUAACCAAAAAGCUAUCCUCGACGGAAGCGCUUCUAAAGAUGAUGAUAAAAUUGUUUCCUGGCAAUGGGAGUUGGUGCAAGGACCAUUGGGAUAUCAGCCGGAACUACCGGCCGUCAGUACUCUUCAGUUGAACAAUCUCACCAUCCCCGGAAAGUACACUUUUAAGUUGACCGUUAUCGAUUCGGAAAAACUAUCGAACAGUACAACAGCAACGAUUGAGGUGUUGAAAGAAAUUGACUAUCCCCCGGAAGCGAAUGCUGGCCAAAACGUGAUCGUCUAUCUACCGAACAAUAACGUAACCCUAAACGGAUCGCUCAGUAAAGAUGAUCACGAAAUCGUCGCCUGGGAAUGGACCAAAGCUAGCACAGAUCAGUCGAAAGCGGUCGAUAUGCAAAAUACAAGGACGCCCUAUCUGCAACUGUCUAAUUUGGAAGAAGGUGUUUAUGCUUUCGAGCUGAAAGUGACCGAUGCCAAGAACCAGAGCAGCACUUCGACAGUGCAUGUCUUUGUCAAGGUACCUUCGAAUAUGCCACCGGUUGCCAGCGCUGGAAGUAAUUACACGAUCAAUUUACCUAAAAAUUGGGCCACGCUGAAUGGAACCGAGUCGAAAGAUGACAUCAGAAUAGUCAGCUGGAACUGGCGGCAAAUAAGCGGACCGAAUACUGCUUUGAUUCUACUCGGAAACAGUUCGAUUGCCAACGCUACUUCGCUAACUAUUGGAGAUUACAUUUUUGAGCUGACCGUCACGGAUGAAGCCAACAACAACGCCAGCGAUCGGGUGAAGGUAUCGGUUGUGCAGGAACGAAACACGGCCCCGGUUGCGAAUGCCGGUGGCGACCAGAGUGUCACACUGCCAACGAAUGCCAUAGUCCUCAAUGGUACACGUUCGUACGAUGAUUUAGCCAUAGCUAACUACAGUUGGACACGGGAACCGGUUAGCUUGGCCAUUGGAACAAUUGUGGAUGAAAGUGAUCGCAAACCGGUGUUGAUUCUAACAAACAUCGUCCCUGGAAGAUACGUAUUCAAGCUGACUGUUACUGACGGUCAAGGACUUUCAGGUACCGAUACCGUUAGUGUCAUCGUUCACCCGGAUCCAAUCGUGAUGAGCCUGGUGGAGCUAACCCUUACCAUGGAAGCCAUAGUUUUAACUCAAUCGGAAUUGGACUCACUACAGCAGAAGUUGGUUCUUCUGAUAGGCGAUAACACUGCACAGCUUCACAUUCGAGAGUUAAAAAUUGAACACAAAACCGGACAAGUUGUAAUCGUGUUUUACGUCGAAAAAAGCGGAGUAAGUUUCCCUUUCUAAAGCGUUCUCACCUUAAAUAAUGUAAUUUAUCACCAGGUUAAAGAGAAACCGGAAAUAAUGCCAGCUUUGGAAGUGGAGAAAAUCUUGAAAGAAAAGUUCUGGCGUGAUUUCACCAUAUUAGGAACGUCGGUUGCGGAAAUUCGAACCACUAUCUGUCAGAAUACCUGUUCGGGACAUGGUGUCUGUAAUGCAGAAACUCGAGAUUGCAUGUGUCAAAGCUUUUGGAUGCCGGAUAUUUUCUUUUUCUGGGGCGUCGCUGAAGCUAAUUGUGAUUGGUCGAUCCUGUACGUCAUAAUAGGUGUUUUUAUCGUGUUUCUGAUACUGUCCGGCAUUUGCUGGGGUAUCACGUGCCUGUGCCGAAGGCCGGGGAAACCGCGCACAAGAAGCAAACCGCAGAAGUACGCCCUGCUCGGAACGAACGAAGAUGAAAUGCCUUCAUUCAACCGCGCCGGCAGUACUGCACUAUCAGAUUCUGAAACCGAUUCGGAUGUUCUGUUCGAGAGCCGUUCAAAACAGAACGGUCUCCCGGGACGGAGCGCUGGUGGCUUAGCAAAUGGAGACGUCCGGAAUGGGCACGCAAAGUACAGCACCACUCGCCUAGGUCGACGGAUCAAAGCUUAGAUCAUGAUGGUAGAUAAGGUAGCUCUACCACCGUUGACCAACUAAUAGCACGAAAACGGAUAAGGAUAGAUAAGAUGCUGUUAAGGUAAUACGUACUGAUUACUUGAUUGUUCUACCUUUGUUGCAUGUGAUUUUUUUUCUAAGGUAUUAUUUUACCAGGGAAUGGUUGAAGUAACUGUACUAUAUAUUGGGUAAAAAAGAUGAUCGUUCCUAUUAUAGGAACGGACAGUGUGAUCUAUAGCAGCCAUCGAGUAAUAGUUAAACAGGUUUUACAUAUUAUUUGAUCAGAUGAAACCAGUGUUAAUACCGCAGUUACGACUAUACAUACAGUUCAUUUAAGUAUCUAACAGAUUUACUAUAAAUCGCCCACGUAAAAGUCAACAAUGCAUUGAAAGCGUGUUCACUUGAUUGUAUUGAAUUUUAUCUUUAUACUGUUUCAGUACUGGGUGUAACUUUUUAAAGACUGCAAGUGAUUAACGAGUUGAACACGGAUUUCAAACGUUGUCGUGAAACGUUUAAAAAUAAGGAAAACCUAUUAAUUACAUGUUACUUAAACUUUUGUUCAAGGAAACCUAUUCUAGUCUGAAUACAGUUUGUUGUGUAAAACGAUAAAUAGUGAAGACAUUUACAUACAUACAUACAUACAUACAUCAAAACUAGGUGUCUCAUUGCAUGAUGAUCUAUGACUUAAGUCUGUGGCUCUAAAUCGAGUGCAAUCACUGAUUUCACUGAAUUCCUAUUUUAUUAUUUUUGUAUUUCAAAAUUGUAGUUGUCAUCUACGGUGUACAUAAUGAAAUGAGCCAUUCGAUGCAAAAUAACGGGAACAAUACGAAAUUCUUUCGAUAUUUUUCGAUUUCAAUGUCACUUUUUCGAAUAAAAAUAUGAAAAUUUGGUUGUUUGUUGAAUUUUGUCAAAUUGGAUUAAUGCAUAUUCCUGACAGUUUUCCAAUUUUAAAUUUUAAAAUGUUUUGCAAGAGAGUCUUGCAAAAAAUCAAAGUAUUAAUUUUUAAAUAUCCACGUUUUAUUUUUUUUUAAUUUUUUACAAUUUUUUCGAAAAAGUCAUUCCGCUAUCUUUUCUGGGAUAAAGACACACUUUUUCUACGCGACCUGUCACGUCAGACGACUAAUAUCCCAUCACUAUACGCAAUUUUUCUCACACGAUGCUGGAGAAUCACUUCGAGUGACGUGAAAUGCUCAUUGAUGGGCAAUGGAGAAUCUCACGUCAUCCGAUUCGAUUCCCCGACUAGGGUGAAAAAACUCACGCGGAAGAAAGUAAAUUUGUCGUCUAACGUCACAUGCCGUACAGAAUAAGGUAUGUUGUGGAAUCAAAUAUUUUUCUGUUAACGGGUCUAUUUCUUUACACACGCUUAACUUUUAAACUGGCGCAAAGGUUUAGCAAGGGUGAAAAUAUCAGCCCUAAGCUCUUUAAAAACAAUCAUAAUUAUUUUAUCUUGACCCUUUUAUGAUUUAUGGUUUUGAUUGGGGUUUGGUCCGAGCAUUUAUCGAAUGUUGCCAACUGUCAAUUUUCGGGAAAACAAAAGUACUAUCUCACUCUAGACCAGUGAACUACGAUUCAUAAACUGAAACCACAGACUAAGAAUAAAUCAUUGAAGUAACCUAGCGUUCCACGAAUUUGGAUGUCACUGUAAUGUAUCUGUAAAGUAUUUUAAAUUAAAUUCAUUCCGCUUAUUCGAACCCAGUGAUUUUAGAUGAAAAAAUAUAUUAAUAAGUUCUUGCAGAAAACAAGUCCCCUUAACCACUAUGUACUUAAACAGGAAAAAUAGUUUUAAAAAUUAAAGAGAUCGCGAAAAUAGGCAAACAGAAGAAAUAGUAUUAUUGAACGAUUAUUACCAAAAAUAAAAUUCUAACAAAUUGAACGGAUAAUAACGUAUUUUUUAAAAAUAAACCGUACGCUACAAAUAUAUGAUAAAGAUAUAUGAAACGAUUCA